UAUGGUAUCCAUGUUUUGUUUCCCCUCCCCUCUCCGCCAUGAUGUUUUGUAAGUGAGCAGUGGUGAGCACUGAGCAGUGAGGCUAGCUUGGAAGCUACUUCAGCCCUCAGGUUGCGGACUGUUGCUGGACGGAGAUGCAAUGGAUGGAUGCUAUACUCGCCGUGAUUUACUAACGAUGAGGCGUAGUGUAAAUAAACGUCCAAUUGGACUCAUUUGUAUUUUACUUUCCAUAAUCGUGAAUGGCUGCUAACUCGUAACACAGUGUGUGGCAGCAGAAACGACGUUUUGGUUAUUGUUGGACGAUAAACGCUAGCCGAAGCUGUCUAAAUUGCUACCUUUUAGAGCUAGCACUUUCUUGCUGGCUAACAUUUAUUUCCCAAGUCCCCAGCCUCAGGAAUGUUUUCCAAAAAGCCUCAUGGAGACGUUAGAAAAUCAACACAGAAAGUGUUGGACCCAAAGAAGGACGUGUUGACCAGGCUUAAACAUCUGAGAAUAGUCAUAGAAAAUGCUGAGCCAUCAGAGCUGAAACAGUUCUUUGACUUCAACUACUCCCAUAUCUACUAUGUUUUCUUUGAGAACUUCAUCACCAUUGAGGUCAGCCUCAAACAAAAAGGUCACAAGUCUCAGAGGGAGGAGUUGGAUUCCAUCCUCUUCAUUUUUGAGAAAAUUCUACAGCUUUUACCAGAGAGAAUCCAGAGCCGAUGGCAGUUCCACAGCAUUGGGCUGAUCUUGAAGAAGCUGUUGCAUACCGGGAACUCUUUAAAGAUCCGUCGUGAAGGUGUGCGCUUGUUCCUGCUAUGGAUGCAGGCAUUACAGAGUAAUGCACAGCGUGAGCAACUCUGCAUGUUCGCCUGUCUAAUUCCUGGCUUCCCAGCUCCACUCUGCCACGGGACUCCCCGCACUUUGGACACUCUGAUCAACCCACCACUGAGCUUAACAGAGACUCAAGUGACCCCAGACGAGAUCACUCCUUUGGUUCCUCCCCAGUCAGGUGACAAGAACCAGGAGGACCUCACUGCUUACUUCCUUGAAGCACUUUUGAAAUACAUGGUAAACCAGGCCAAGUCUCUGGAGUGGCGUUGUAAAGAGAAUCAUGAACGUGGCUUCAGCUUCCUCUUUGGUCACUUCAGGAAGUUUUACCUUCCUCACAUCUUUCCUAACUUUGCAAUGGAAACCAGCCUAUACAAUCCCAUACUAGAAGUUCCCCCGAUGCGCCCCAAGCCCUAUUACAGCGUGGUGCGCAGGGAGCAUGAUGCUGGCGAAGUGCUCUACUGCACCAAGGAGAGUUUCCUUCAGGCCCGAGUCAUCUUCAUCCGCUGGCUGGUUUCCUUUUGGCUGGAGCCACGACCCAACACACAGACACAGAUUCCAGGGACAGAGGGCGAGAAUGUCCCCAAGAACAUACAGAGAGCAGCAGCUGGACUCGCUGCUCGCUCUGCCGGCAGCUCAGACGACGGCAGCGGGGCUGGUUUGCGGUCUGACAACCACCAAGGGAGCGGGGACUCAUCUGGGCCAGGAGGGGGCGGCAUGGGUAUCGGUGGCGGUACCGGCCCUGUGGCUGAAUCUGAACAGUGCCACUCCAACACAUCUACAUUGACAGAGCGGGAGCCUAGCUCUUCCUCGCUAUGCUCCAUGGAUGAAGAACAGCUGACAGACAUGGAGGUGGUGCGGAGAGUCCUAACCAGCUCCAGAACCAGCAUCAACUUUAUCACUGAGAUCUUCAGACAGGCAUUUCUCCUCCCCAUGUGUGAAGCUGCAGCCAUGCGUAAAGUGGUCCGCGUCUACCAAGAGUGGAUCUCUAUGGAGGACAAGCCAGUGUUUAUGAAGGAGCCAGAAGAGGGCUCGUAUCCUAUAGCAACAGCCAGUAGUAUGGACACGGGCUCAGACAAAGAUGAUGAGGGAAUGAAUAAGAUGAUUGAUAGUGAGCUGCUGGAGUACAGUGUUCAUGCUGGAGUUCAAACUACACUGCAGGUAUUUAUUACCCACUCUUCCAACGUUUUCUUACUGGAGCCAGCCAACGACAUCAAGUUCCUUUUAGAGGAGCAUGUCGACAUGUGCAAGCGAGUCUUGAACAUCUACCGCAGCCUUGUCAUGCACGAGACUAUGGACCAGAAAACAUGGGAGCAGAUCUUACUUGUUCUCCUGAGGGUGACAGAGUCAGUGAUGAAGAGACCUCCAUCUAUUAUGCCCCACGGCAAGAAGAGGAACACACUGUCAGAAAGGCUGGCGGGACCUAUCUUUCAGACAUUGAUUGUAGCCUGGAUUAAGGGGAACUUAAACGUCUACAUCAGCAGAGAGCUAUGGGAUGACCUCCUUUCCGUCCUGUCUUCUCUUACUUGCUGGGAGGAGCUGGUAACUGAAUGGUCCCUCACCAUGGAGACACUCACAAAGGUGUUGGCCAGGAACCUGUACAGUGUUGAUUUGAACGAGCUACCCCUGGACAAGCUCAGCGAGCAAAAGCAGAAGAAACACAAAGGCAAAGGUAUAGGUUCAGAAGGCCAACGGCAGAUGGUGGAUCGUUCCUUCUCUAAAGGUUGGAGCCGAGACCAACCAGGUCAGGCAGCAGCCAUGAGACAACGCAGUGCCACGACAGCUGGAUCACCAGGCAUCGAAAAGGCCAGGAGCAUUGUCCGUCAAAAGACUGUAGCUCUGCGUAGCUGUUCUACAGGGGACUCUCUGCUCUCCUCAGCCUUUAUCCGGAGUGCUAAGAGUGCUCCUGCUCUGGCUCCGCCUCUUCCUGUCCUCCACCACCACCACCACCCUUUACUACCCCCCCUUGCUGACCAGCUAGCAGACUUGGAGGACCCGCCAAUCACGUUGACAUCCCGCUCAUCUCGGAUGCGCCACUCGUCCCAGAGCGAUGAGACCCCUCCGAUCUCUUGCUCUGAGGUGUUCCAGGCAGGGGCUUGUGAGCUUGAUAACCCGGUCCCUCCAUCACUUGCAAGGAGCAGCAGUGCAUCUGACAUCAUGGAGCCUUUCAUCGCCGAGCGGGUCAAAGGUGAAGACCCACCAGGGGAUUCGAGUAGCAUUCCAAAUUCCUGUCACCCCACUGCCACUACACUACUCGCAACCAGUAGCCACGCAGCUCAAUCACACCCGCGUCCGUACAACUCCUCCUCUUCUACCCCCUUUUCCCACCCCAAUGGUGUUUCCUCAGCCUCAGAGGGACACGAUGAUGUGAGUGAAAAUGACAACGUUGGCUCUCAAAGCCAAGGUUUGAGCUCUGACUGGGUAAGCGACUGGGAUUCUGCCUUCACAUUUUCUGAAAAGAUUGAUGUGGAGGAGAAUGAAGGGAGAGCUGUGCAAGAUGAGGAUGAUUUAUUCUCCUCUAUUAGAGAUUAUCUCACUCACAAAGCAGCUGAGAAAAAUGAGGCAGUUACAGUGGCAGCAAGUCUUGCAUUAGAAAACGAUGUUCAAACUUCUGUACCGGUGAAAACCGAUACGGCUACCAGAGAAACCGAAUUCAUACAAGAGGCGCAAAAGGUUGUGGACAGGCAGAAUUGUAAAGAAGUCCGGCAGGUAAGUAACACAGUUAGACACAGAAGUGUUGAUUCUACAGAGGAGGUUGAGGCAGCGCAGCGGAGCAUCUAUGAGUGUCUUGAAAUGCAGUGUCAGUGGCCAUCGCUCAGCGCGAAAGGGAGCUUAGAAGGACACAUUGAUGAGAAGGACAAAAGGGAAGUAAGUGGAGGAACUCCAGCUGGAAGAGCAGAGUGGGAAGGAAAAGGUCAUGAUUUAAGGGAAAUGGCAGGAGAGAAAAAGGAUGAUAAAAGCUCUGCCACAAACGAAAGACCUCGUUUAAACAGACCUGACUCUAACACAGUAGAAUCUGGCACUGAAUCAUCUCAAACUCCCCAAACGUCGGACUCGACCAAGCCCAAGAUGACCCGUAGUAAUGCCAAGAGGCACCACUCCGGGGGUGUGCACGUUAGUUUCAGACCUUCCACAGAGUCGGUGCAGUUCCACAACCCCCUUGAGAAUAAAGAAGCUCACUGGAAAGCCAGGCUGCGCCGUCUCAGUCACUUUCACACUCAUAGCCACUCUGCAGGUGAGAGGUCAGGAGCUGGGGCAGGAGCAGGUGGGAAGCUGGGACCGGGCAGUGCAGGUAAGUUCGCCUCUGUGGCUGGCAUUAGCCACAAAGUAGGAGGGCAUGAGAGACUGGGGGCAGUGGAUGUCAGUGGGGCAGCAGCUGUUGGAGGCCUGGAAUACAAGACUGGGACUGGAGCAGGGGAGAAGGACAAAUCAUCAGCAUCAUCCAUGGGACCCAAUUUGGUGCACGAGGCACACUUUGAGGCAAGCAGCGCAAGUGCAUCAUCAGGGGUACGAGGCCGCUUGGGACGGUCUGCCUUACGCGCUCGGGCUUUCCGCUCUCGAUCCCAAGAGCCCGGCAGUUCUGUCUCUCGGCACCACCAGGGCGCUCUUCUUGGUGGGGUAUACAAAACUGUGGUUCAUGCUUUGUCCUCCAAGCCCCGACCCCGAGGGCAGGGGUCAUCCCAAGGAUCUUCGCCACAGCGGCAAGGGCGGGCUGCAAUGGGUGAUGCAUCACUAAGAGACCUCUACUCCCAUGUCCUGGGCUACUUUGGGCGAAAGUCAACCACGUCAGCCAACAAAGAAGAGGUGGUCCAGAAAGCCCGUCCGGUCUCCACUGAUGUAGGAAGCAGCAACCCUAAUUUCUCUGAUCUCAUGGAUGAGUUUAUCCAGGAACGACUGAGGGCUAAAGGAACAGUGGAGCGCCGUGGCAGCAGUCCAGGCAGUCUUGAAGUUCCACAGGACCUGCCAGAGCUACUGGAGGCUGGCCAGAGUCCUGGUUCGCGACCCCCAGAUGACCACAGGCCAAUUGAUGAUCCGGGGGUUCCAUCAGAGUGGACUUCUCCUGCUAGCGCCAGUGGCUCAGACGUCGUCAGUUCUGACAGCCAGUCCGACUCCUUCAAUGCCUUUCAAUAUCCCACAUGCAAGUUUGAUAAUUUUGCCUUCAAUUUGGAACCUAGCGGAGGUGGAUCUGGAGGAGGAGGUCGAGGGAGCUCAUUGGAUCAGGACAGUCUAGGAGGUGCCGUUGCCUGUGACGAACAUGAAGUAGCAAGUUUGACAACACUUCAUAUUGACUCUGAGACCAGCAGCCUUAGCCACACAGUCACUGUCACUGGUUCUGAGAGUGCGUCUCCCAUGCAUUCUCUCGGGGGUUCUCGUUCCCAGACGCCCUCCCCUGCUACACUUACAGCAGAGCACAUUGAUCGGGCGCACUCACAUACACACUUACAGCUGGACCAGAAGCUCCACAACUCUGUGCUGCAGACUCCUGAUGACCUUGAAACCAGUGAGUUCCCUGGUGUUGACUGUAGCGUGAUGGCAGGUGGCUCCCUCACUGGAUGGCAUUCCGACGUUGCCACAGUCAUGUGGCGGAGGAUGUUGGGUAUCCUGGGCGAUGUGAAUAGCAUCAAAGAUCCAGAGAUUCAUGCUCAGGUGUUUGACUACCUGUGUGAACUGUGGCAAAACCUGGCAAAGAUCAGAGAUAAUUUGGGUAUUUCUCAUGACAACCAGUCAUCUCCCCCACCUCCUGUUCUAAUCCCACCUCUGAGAAUCCUCACUCCUUGGCUCUUUAAGGCCACCAUGCUGACUGAGCAUUAUAAACAGGGAAAGCUUCAUGCCUAUAAGUUGAUCUGCAGGAUUAUGAAGAGACGGCAAGAUGUGUCCCCAAACACAGACUAUCUGACUCACUUCUACAACAUCAUGCAUCAAGGACUUUUACACCAAGACCAAGACAUUGUGAACACCAUCAUCAAGCACUGCAGUCCGAGGUUCUUCAGUAUUGGUCUUCCUGGAGCCACCAUGUUGAUUCUGGACUUCAUUAUUGCAGCUUCUAGAGUCACUUCUUGUUCAUCAUUAAAUGCUCCAAGAGUAGAAGCACAGAACCUUCUUGGGUCUCUUGUGUGUUUUCCAAACUUCUAUGGGGAGCUCCCAGCCCUUCACCCCACCACAGCUGACGUGGCACUUACAAAAUUCCCUGACAUUAAGGAGCACAUUAUCAAAACGAUCCUGACCUCUGCUAGGGAUGAACCCUCUGCUCCUGCUAGGUGUGUAGCAUUAUGCAGUCUGGGAAUCUGGCUAUGUGAAGAGCUAGCUCAUGGGACUCAACAUCCACAAAUUAAAGAUGCUCUCAACGUCAUCUGUGUUACUCUCAAGUAUCCCAAUAAGAAUGUUGCACUGGUGGCAUCAGACAUCCUUCACCUUUUGAUCAGUCAUGCGGAUCAUCUUCAGAAAUUCCCCAGUGACACUCCAAAGAAGAUAGUCGAGAUUUUGAUUGCCACCAUCACACACUUGUUACCUACCACUGAGUCCUCCCCUCAUGAGCUGGAUAAGAGGCUGGUUGUGUCGCUCCUGUUGUGUCUGUUGGACUGGGUGAUGGCCCUCCCGCCGAAGACUCUGCUUCUACCCGUUCAAACACGAAGCCCCACUGAUAAGGAGCAGCCGCCAAAGACCCUGCUCAGCUGCAUUUAUAAGGUUUUGCAUGGCUGUGUGUAUGGAGCCCAGUCGUUCAGCAGCCCCAAGUAUUACCCGUUGCAGCUGUCAGAUCUGUCAAGUCCAGACUAUGACCCGUUUCUGCCGUUGGAGAGCCUUAGAGAACCGGAACCUCUGCACAGUCCAGAUUCUGAGCGCUCCAGUAAACUCCAACCUGUCACUGAAGUCCAUAGUCGCAUCCAGCAGGGCCUCGUUUCUAUCGCGGCCAGGACUGUUAUUACCCACCUUGUCAACCAUCUAGGACAUUACCCGAUGUCUGGAGGGCCAGCUACCCUGUCCAGCCAGGUCUGCGAGAACCAAGACAACCCAUAUUGUGAGAGUGUAGAUCUUGGACCUGAACUCUUCCACUCCCCAAACCUCCAGUUCCUAUCUUUAAAUGGAUCAACCCUGCUCUCAGUGCUUCAGAUCCGGUCAGAGUCUGGUGUGCCAGGAGGUGGAAUGACAGCUGGUUUGUCUUCUGCGCCUGCUUGCGUUCGCGUAAUCAUUCGGGAUGUAGCUGGAAAGCACUCAUGGGACUCUGCUGUCCUCUAUGGGCCCCCACCGUGCUCACCAAGCAGCCCCGCAGACUCGCUUUUGACACACACACAGUCCCCCCAUAGUAUAAAUCUCCAUUUACACACCCCAACCAAAAAGAUGACAGUGGAGAGAAGAGAAAGCAGCCAGGAAGAGCAGCAUGAGGAGUCAGAGGGGGGAGGAAGUGUGAAAGAGGGCGAAAUACAUGAGUUGGACGAAGAGGUGGAUGAGGGCAGAGAGGGGAGCAAAGUUGGUAAAGAUGAAAAUGUGCAGCUCCAAGGAACUGGGGAAGAAGAGGAGAAGCAAGGGGAUGGGAGCAAGGAGCAUAGCAUGGUUGGGGAGGGAAAUAGGGAGGAAGCAGGCUUUGAGCAGCUUCUAGCGCCACCAUUGGCGAAACGGGUGUGUCGAGAGGUGGUACCAGCAUGGGAUUCACUGAGGGAAGGAGAUGAUGCUUUGGAUGAAAUGCUGCAAUACCUUGGAUACUCGAGUCCUGAGUGUCUACAGAGGGCAGGAAUGCCACUUAAUAUCCCAGUCCCUCCACCAGCUUGUGUUUCGGAUAAGCAGGAGAAUGAUGUGAUUAACGCCAUCUUGAAGCAAAGUGCCGCUGAGCGAGAGUUUGUCCUUCAUAGAGGUGAAGAAUUAAACAUGAGAGCAGUGGAGCAGAGUGAACCAGACACUCGGACACCGCAGUCAGCCUUCUACUACUGCAGGCUACUGAUCAACAUACUGGGACUCAACUCCUGGGAAAAGAGGAGUAAUUUUCAUUUAUUGAGAAAGAAUGAGAAGCUUUUGAGAGAGCUGAAGAAUCUGGACUCACGGCAGUGCCGGGAGACGCAUAAAAUAGCUGUAUUUUAUGUAGCUGAAGGCCAAGAAGACAAGCACUCCAUACUCACCAACACUACAGGCAGCCAAGCAUACGAAGACUUCGUUUCUGGACUGGGUUGGGAGGUGGACCUAACCACUCACUGUGGUUUCAUGGGAGGUCUGCAGAGGAACCGCAGUACUGGCCAGACCACACCUUACUAUGCCACUUCUACCACUGAGGUAAUCUACCAUGUCUCGACCCGAAUGCCCCAUGACCAGGACCACAACCUCACCAAGAAGCUUAGACACCUUGGUAAUGACGAGGUCCACAUUGUUUGGUCCGAACAUUCCAGAGACUAUCGUCGUGGGAUCAUCCCUACUGAGUUUGGCGACGUGCUAAUUAUCAUUUACCCAGUGAAAAACCACAUGUAUUCCAUCCAUAUCCUCAAAAAACCUGAGGUACCAUUUUUUGGGCCACUGUUUGACGGCGCCAUUGUAGACAUGAAGAUUUUGCCAACAAUGGUCAGAGCCACAGCCAUCAAUGCCAGUCGAGCUCUGAAAUCGCUCAUUCCUCUUUACCAGAACUUCUAUGAGGAACGCGCUCGCUACUUAGAAACCAUUGUGCAGCACCACCAGGAGCCAACCACCUUUGAGGAUUAUGCAGCUCGAGUCUACAGUCCAGCUCCUUGCACCCACCUGCCCACUGACACAGAGGAGCAUAGUGUAAUGUGCCUGAGGGUCCCUAAACCAAUGGAUAGUUUUAGACUAAGGGUGAAGGGAAAAGGUUUGAAGAAGAAGGUCCUUCAUGCCAGCUGUGAAUGGCUCCUGCCUCGAGAGUCUUCGGUCAGAAAGUCCGGCACUUGGGGAGGCCGGGAGCGACUCGGCCUCCCCCAUGUCUCCUCGAACUAGCAAGACACGUAUGUCCAUGAAGCUUCGACGUUCCUCUGGAUCAGCCAAUAAGACUUGAUGUGACCCUUCCAUACCACCUCCCUUUGGCUCUGUAAGACUGUAGACUUCAAUUUUUUUUUUUUUUUAAACGCAGAAAAUUCAAAGUUCAGUGUCGUCAGUCCAAACUGACUGACAAAUAGACAGGAAUGCGAUAUCAGAGUUACUGCAGAAAUACUUGUAAUGUAAUUGUCUAGCCGUGCUACUGUAUUUUGUGGAAUAUACUAUAUUGUAACUUUAUUUUAAACAGUUCAAGCUGCUGCAUUUAUACUCAUUAUACUCAGAUUUGUUCUCCUGUCCAAUCAGGACAAGCUGGAGCUAAAGUGUCAAGCAUGUCUUUGCUCUGUUUGUGAGCAUGUUGAAUGAUGCCAUGAGAAAUCAUGUAUAUAUGUAUUAUAUUAAGUAUAUUUUGUUCUCAGUGCAGCAUUAAGUCUAUAAAGUUAAGGAUUGAGCUUUCUAUUGUACAUAGAAACAAAAUUAGCUCAUAACAAUAGAAAGCCUGCAGCUCUCGAGCCAAAAAAAACACUUUCUGUACAUUCACAGGUCAAACUGAACAAUUGAGUCUCUGUGCUGUAAAAUGUGGAGAAGCACUGAUGUAUGUUUUCCCUCCAGUCUGUUACAUUUUUGUUAUUAUUAUUUUAAAGGACUGACUUCACACAAACAUAAAUGUUCCUUUAUUUUGUUGAGUCAUCUGAUGCAAUGGAACAGCUUCUUUAUUUGCACCUCUUGAGUAUAAAUGUCUAUAUAUUAGAUAUGUUAAUAGCUAUUGAGUGAAAUGCUUGAGUGAUGCUGUAUGCUGUUUUGUGGCAAAAGCUGCCAAAACCAAAUGUGGGUUCACACUACAAGGUUUUAUGUCUUUUAUAACCAGUAAGCACUUCAAUAUGGAAUACCACACUUCAUUUUUCCCUUGUUAAGACCCAGGUCCACCUCAUGAUGUGUGCGAUCCACAGAAAAUCCAGAUAAUUACAUUAAGAGUAUUAAAUUAGAUCAUCCGGAAUAAACAAAGGAGCGUUAUUGCAGAUAACUGGCGAGUCCGACUAAGUUGAAGUGCCUUCAAAUGUGUUGAAAAUAUCUGAGGUGUUAUAGGGUGUUUAUAGGGCAAGGAACCAGGAAAGAGAUGUCAAAGAACUGUUCCACUGCUUUGGCUGUAUUUGCUGUUACAGUUUCUAUAUCUGUUUCAUUCUCAUUAUGGAGAAACUUCAUGUAAAGUUUGUUGUUGCAUUUACAAAUACGCCAUGGUUAGUUUGAGUUUGUGGUAAGACGGGUUGUGGGCUUGUCUACAGUUGCUGUAACACUCCUAUUUGCUCCAAACAGUUCACACUCUUCCCAACGGGUUUCGUGCGGGAUCAAUCCUGUUAGAACGUCCUGUAAUGCACUUUUCCAUCGUUACUAGUAACCAGUGGCUUUAGUCGGAUUCAAAUAGAGAUGAUGCUUUCAAGUCGUAUGGGGAAAAAUGAACGAUAUUUCCAUAUAUACUGUAUUUCAGAGAAUCUUUGUUCACUGGUGAGCCUGGUCAUCCAUGGUACAAAAUAUUACUUGAAAGCAUUUUCUCUUAUUAUGGAGCUCUCAGCUUCCUCUGCCUGUCCCCAGACUCCUUCCCAUGUUCUUCUUCUUUGGCUGACCUUGACAAACUUGUGUGCACCACUUGUUAGGACAUUGCUGAUAAGACUGUACAGUAGGCAAGGCUACUGCAUGACGCCACCCAGUACAGAGUACAUGUGUUGAUCAAGAAAACACCUCUUUCACACACAAACACACUCACUCCGCAAACCCGUAUUGUCAAUAUGUAUAACUGUGUAACAUCUACAGCACAAACACAAAAAGCAUGGAUGUCAUGAUUUGUUGACAAUAAAUGAUACGUAUCACCUA